AUGACCACUAUAGCGUCGGAAUACUCUUCAGAGGUGUCGAACACCCCCGUUGAACAUCAAUUCAACCCCUACGGUGAUAAUGGUGGUACCAUUCUAGGUAUUGCAGGCGAAGAUUUCGCGGUGUUGGCGGGUGAUACAAGAAACAUCACUGAUUACUCGAUUAACUCUCGUUAUGAGCCCAAGGUCUUUGACUGUGGUGACAAAAUAGUGAUGUCGGCCAACGGGUUUGCCGCUGACGGUGACGCCUUGGUGAAAAGAUUCAAGAAUAGUGUGAAAUGGUACCAUUUCGACCACAACGAUAAAAAGCUAUCCAUAAACUCAGCUGCCAGGAAUAUCCAACAUCUUCUAUACGGGAAAAGGUUCUUCCCCUACUACGUUCACACCAUUAUUGCUGGUCUUGACGAAAACGGUAAAGGUGCCGUGUACUCGUUCGACCCAGUCGGCUCCUACGAGAGAGAACAGUGCAGGGCUGGUGGCGCUGCAGCUUCUUUGAUCAUGCCUUUUUUGGACAACCAAGUCAAUUUCAAAAACCAGUAUGAGCCAGGUACCGACGGUAGAGUCAAGAAGCCUUUGAAGUACCUGUCCGUGGAAGAAGUUAUCAAAUUGGUGAGAGACUCAUUCACAUCUGCUACAGAAAGACAUAUUCAGGUUGGUGACGGGCUGGAAAUCCUCAUCGUCACCAAGGAUGGUGUAAGGAAAGAAUUUUAUGAACUGAAAAGAGAUUAA